UACUAAUAAUAUAGUCUAUGCAACUAAAAAAAAAUGUCAGAUGUCACAAUACAAAAUACAAAAUGUCAUUUGAUUAUUAAACGUCAAAUCGUAGUUACUUUUUAGAGGUUAUAUACAAACAAAAACUAGAGAAAUCUAAAACUUAUUGAAUUCUUACUCAGUUCUUAUUAUCUGUUAUAAAUGAUCUAAAAUGUCUAAAGUUACAAAACGAAAACAUGUGAUGAACGAAGCUCUGUGGGACGAUUACGAAUUACCAAAACAUAAUCAAAGCAUCGUCAAAGUGAUAAAAAGCAAAGGAAACAAUUUACACGAGAUUACAACACCUUCUGGUGAAGAAUAUUUAGUAUCAAUGCCUACAAAGUUUAGGAAAAAUAUCUGGGUGAAAAGAGGUGAUUAUAUCCUUGUCGAACCAAUACUAGAGGGUGAUAAAGUUAAAGCGGAAAUAGUAAAAAUAAUGAACAAGGACUCUAUUAAGUUUUAUAAAGAGAAUAAUGUAUGGCCCAAGGAGUUUGAUGAUGAAAAGAAGAAGCAAGAGACAUUUGAUGAUGAUGAAUUAUUUGUAAACACUAACCGAGUGCAUGUACAGACAUAUCAAAGUGAUAGUGACUCAAGUGACUCAGAAAGUGACAGUGAUGAAAAUGAUAGCAAUAAAUAAAAGUUUUUUUUGUAAA